AUGUAUGAUAUGCCACAAAUCCGAUUGCAAGACCUUUUAUCAAACCUAGAUAAUACCGAAAUUCAGGAAAUAUGGGAGGUUAGCUAUAUAACAAUAACAUCAUCUACAGCUAAACCACACUAUGUAGCGAUUCUUGCAGACGCAACAUCAUUUUGUACAUGCAUGAAUAUUAUUAAUCAAGGGAUGCCAUGCCGACAUCAAUAUCGUAUUCUACUUCAAUCUGAUAAAGCCGUAUUCCAUAUGGGCUUCAUUCAUACGCGUUGGUUUGAGUCCAUGCCAUCUGAAACAUCAAGAUACGCCACAAUUGCUCAAGGAAAUAAAACUUACUCAAUCAAACUAUUGCACUACAUUGAUCAAAUUCGAACAGGCAACGUUUAUACAUCAACUAUUAAGAAAACGGCUGAUAAAAGGAUCGAAUUUGGUAGUGCGAUGUCUAUGGCAAAAACUAGUGUCCAAAUUGCUGUGACAGAAGGUGCAACAGGAGAACUGACUGGACUUCUCACACAAUUUAUAAUGAAAUAUUGA